AGAGAGAUUUACUCCUCCCACCAUCUUGAAGCAUCUCAAGCGUUUAGUAUAUCUACAGCCACCAUCGGGCCAUCGGACUACGCUCGUCGCUGGACUCUUGGCGGCGACUUCGACUUCCUUGGCACAACACCCAAUACUUAUAUCUCUCAAUUGCGACCACUUGCUGCAGUUACUUUCCUCAUGGCCACUAACAUCACAUUCCACCCUGGCUCUGUUUCGAGCGACGAGCGCAUUUCUCUCAUUGGACAACGAGGGAUAACCAUCUGGUUCACUGGCCUCAGUGCUAGUGGCAAGUCUACGAUCGCUUGCGCGCUGGAGCAACAUCUGCUGCAUUUGCGCAAGUUCGUCUAUCGUUUGGACGGCGACAACAUCCGAUUCGGCCUCAACAAAGAUCUUGGUUUCGAUGAAAAGUCGAGAGUGGAGAACAUUCGCCGGAUCGGAGAGGUCUCAAAACUGUUUACGGAUGCGUCGUGCAUCACCCCCACAGCCUUCAUUUCACCUUACCGAGCCGAUCGCGCCAUGGCCCGCGACCUGCACGAAAAGGCCUCCCUAGCCUUCAUUGAGGUGUUCAUCGACGCGCCGAUCUCCGUUGUCGAACAGCGUGAUCCCAAGGGCUUGUACAAGAAGGCUCGCGCAGGCGAGAUCAAAGAUUUCACUGGAAUCUCUGCGCCCUACGAGGCGCCGGAAAACCCGGAAAUCCACAUAAAAACGGACGAGAAUGACGUGCAGGAAAGCGUUCGCAUUAUCAUGGAAUACCUCACCACCCACGGUUUCAUCCAAAUGUAAUAACAUAUCAUUGAUCACUUUCUUCGAGCUCGGUGGCAGGCCCUUCUUGUUCUUCUGCAAUGGUACUUGCGUAUGGAGUUGGGUCCAACAUUGUGCUAAGCCCCGUUUCGACAAUCGCGAGCCAUUGAGAGAGAUCCUCGAUCGCGCGUCCCAGCUCAGCGUGUGUAUUCUCGCUGUCGAUAACUGCCGCAAAAUCUAGCGGACGAAUGACAGGCCCCAGGGUCGAAAUCGAUGCAAAAGAAGUCGUUGGUCGAUGGGAGCGUGAAUGCAACGGCUCGGAGAGCAUUGGCGGAGGCGAAGCCGACUUGGGCAGACCGAGUGAAAAUGGGGUAUUAGACAGGCCUGUGAAGACUGGACGGUUGAC